AGUCACUCUCAGAACUAUGUCUUAAAGUAGCAAUGCUGAAAGCACAGUGCCCUUCCUCUGUGACAACUCCUACAGUGGAACAGGUUACAGUUAACCCUGCGAGUGGCCCUCAAAAUUCUGUUCCACUUAGACUCAGCAGUAACCCUUCCUCUUUAAAAGAAAGGAAACAAAAGAGAGUAUUUGACAAUUAUACAAUCUCAGACUCGUCCUCUUCUGAAGAUGAAAAUGAACAGGUCAGUAGACUGGCUUCAGCAGAGAGCUUGCGGUCAUGUGAUGAUACGAUCAGUCAAAAUAAAUAUGAAGAUCAAGGCUUCACUCCCCCACAAUCAUCUGAGUCUACUUCUGCAGUUGCCAACAGCUUUCUGGAUGUUUCUCGAGCAUAUGAGGAAGAUGUCCUUGUACUGGAUGUGAUACAAGAUGAUCCAGAGUUGUUUGGUGCGGUUGGCGCUGAAACUGUGAAACAACAGGGUAUGUUGGCAGAGGAGAAUGGCAAGGAUCAGAUGAAGACCGAGUCAGAACAUCAAACUGGGAAUCAUUGCAAGAUUGUCUGGGACCUGAAGGCAGACAGCACUAGCAAAUCUGUCCUUACUGCUGCAGAAAAAAAGAUGGAAAAUAUGGAAGAUGGGAGUCCGCUUUCAGUAAAGGAGAUGCAGAGUUACAGAGCUCAGCCUGAUAAUCGUAUUAGUUGCCUCCAGUUCAGCCCUGCUAUAGAGUCAGAGAAUGCCACAGACUGCAAUAACAAACAUGAGAUCAGAAACACAAAUAAUCUGUAUGAUAUCAAAGUGAUAAAUACAAGAUCAGCAAGGCUUGUAAUGGACACAUGUAAUAAUGGUCGUGCCACGACUGCAACAGAGACAUCUGCUUGGAGAAUUUCAACCAAUUAUUGUUGGUACUACUUUAGUGAACGUAACGCAUGCCUGCGAACUUCCUGUCGGUUCCUGCACACACCAAGAGAUGGGGAUGAAAAGUUCUGUAUGGAAACUGUGAAGAAGUUCUGUCAUGUUGGUAACCCUGUUAUUGUAUUGCGAGCAGUGGAGGUGUUUAUGGGAUAUUACAGCAGAAGUUCUCCCAGUGUGAAAUUUAGUCAGGAGACUGUAAAUUCUCUGCUCUCUUCUCUUCUUAAUCUGGGUUUACUGAGAGAAUUUUUGGUAGUCACCAACUUACUUCUCACAUACAAGAGGCUGCCUCCAUCUGAGAUUGUGUUAGCUGUUUUUAAACAUGUGAGGGAAAGAGGACUGAUCAACUCUGUACCAGAGCUCAUUCUCCUCACCUCAAAGAUUGUCGAGGCUGGAUGUGUUUUCAGUGUUGAUCAGUGUGAGGUAAUGCAGAGACACCUUCAAAUGAUGCAGGUUCCUUGGCAACAGAUGGAUAUUUUCCUCACUGUGAAGUGCAGAGCACUGGCCACUAACCCACGCAUUGCAGAGCUGUCUGAUCUGGCCCAGGCUGUAGUAACAGUAGAGAUGUUGAAGCAUCAGGAAGACUGGGCUGGUUUGGCACAAGUGUUCUGUGGUGUUUGUGUGGGUUCACACAGUGCUACUGAACUCACCACGUUCUGCUGCUGUGUUACAAUGGCACUGUUAAAACAGCCCAAAGACAAACUCACACUCCCAUAUGAGCUGUUUGCUGAAUCAGUAUGUCAGCAAGUCUCAUUCAGUGAAAUGAUGAAAACUAUCCUGGGCAGAAUCGGAGUCUCGCUGAUCUUUAAGUACCACAGGACACGAGACUGGAAUAAGGGAGUGAAGAUAGUCAGUGUGAUGUUCAGACUGCACAUUGAGUUCACCACUCUAAAGGGGCUCAUGGGUAAUGAACACAGUGUGUCUCGCUGUCAGCUGGUCACCACAGCAACAGAGCUCUUUCUCCACAGCGGGAGUAUUGAGGGAGCUCUAAAAAUGCUGCGAGCUGAUGACUGGUUUGUCACCUCAAACAUGUGGCCUUGUGAGCAAGCUGACAUAAAUAGUCGAAAACGGGUCCUGACUCUCUUAGCUGGGAAAACAUCAAACAGAGACACCUUUGAGAUUCUUACCAACUUGCCCGGACUCAGGCAACAUAUAAACGGUGUGCACGUAAAUGAGUAUACUGAAAUGUUCAGGGCUCAUCUACGUCUGUGUGUGAUGAAGCAGACAUUACCGGUUGCUGCAGAUAUUCUUGAGUACAUGUUAAUACAGGGUAUGGUUCCUGAAACCCUCCAGCUUCAGAGUCUCAUCCAUAAACUGGGCAAGCAGAACAAUUGGAGCCGUGCCAGGGCUCUUUUUAAAUGCGCUCAGUCAGCCGGGUUUUACUCGGCAGUGGUGUACGAAAGCAGCACUCUGUUUCUGCCCUGUAGUCUCAGUGAGAUUGAGAUGACACUGGCCUUUGAGAUGUUUAUCACCUCUAUCAAAACAAGCCUACAGACCCCUGCUGGAUCCUCUGAACCACUUUUGAUUAAGCUCAGACGGCAAGCUGAUGCUGCGGAUGUAACUGAGAGUGUGUACUUGGCAGCCAGUUGUCGGCUCCUCUCUGCGGCUCUCAUACCAAACCCCAAACUGAGUAUCCGCUACACAGCUGUCAAUCAAAGCCAAGAACAACUCUUUCAACUGGACCGUGGGUCUGCCCACAAAUGGUUUUUACAGAACAAGCGCUGGGCACAAGAGAUAUGGGCAAGCUAAUACACUUGUGACCAGUCCCGCUCGUAACUAAUGCUAUCUUUUUCUAUGUCUAAUCAAAGGUUACUCUGAGCAAAGCAUGUGUUUCAGACUGUUAAUUUGAAGCUGUUUGCACAUAAUUGUUUUUGUGGUAUUUGUUCAUCUCCUUUUAUAGAUGUUUAUAUAUUUCUUUGUUAAAACAUAAUUGAAGGAUAAGAUUUUGUUUAAAGUUGUACAAAUGAAAGGUUUUCCGAAUGAUUCCCUUUGUGUUCUUUUGUUUUAAAGUAUUUGACAUAAAUCUACAAAUACCAUACAUUUAAAGGAAUCCAAAGAUUUACUCCUGGAGCUGUUUUCACCUGACACUACACACUUUUCUCCUGUGGAAAGAAAAAGCACCAUGGCCACAAUUUUUUUUUUUUUUUUACUUUUCUAAAAUAAUUGUGCCGCAUUUGUGAUUUAAAUCCAUUUUUUUACUUAAGAAAAAGACACCUUUUGUGCAGUGUAAUUUGUCAAUCCAAUUUUUUUUACUGUUAUCAUUGGCCACGCAAAUAAAAUAAAUAAUAAUUUUUGUGGUUAACGUGAAAACACUUGAGCGCAGUCGUUCUGAGAUGCACUCGAAUACAUUAAAAUAAAAGGCAUUCUGUCAUUAGGUCUAAUUUUGUCUG